GCUUGUGCCUUGUUUUUCCUUGUCUGUUGUUGUUUUGGGUUUCUUGGAAUCUUUUGCCGGCCACAACUGUUACUCCAUGGCGGUUGUCAAAGUGCAAUGCGAGGCCCAUCAAAGACCAAAACGACACCGUAUGAAGCAGAAGCGUGGAGAGAAUAUUCGACCUGACUCGAAAGGCCUGAUCUUCAUCUUCUUCACCUAAUCUCUUUUACCGUUCAGAGGGUUUUAGGGUUUACCUAUCUCUUUCCGCAAUCAUGGAGUCUCUAGGGAAGCUACAGCUCCAUCACCAACCAUUUCACCUCUCCUUCAUUCACAAAACCUCUUCUUCAUCGUUCCCGAAGAACUCUUUCAGAGCCUCAAUCCGACCAAUCCCAUCUUCCAAAUGCGCUUCAAUCAAAGCUUCGUCCUCCUCCAAAUUUCAAGACUCUGUAACCCCUCUCUCAAAGUCGACACCUUUCCGUCUCUUCAAAUCAACAUGCAUCACUCUAACAACCGCCGCGGCGCUGCUUAUGGCGAAUCUCCAUCUCAAAUCGCCGGCGAUUGCAGCUCCAGUCGCGCCUCCGCCGACAGUUGAGAGCAAAGAGAACGUUACCUUGGAAGAAGAAGAGAGAGCGCUUGAUGAGCAUUUGAUAAGUCACCCGUCUGAUGUAGACGCUCUUCGUUCUUUAAUGGAGGUAAAGAUCAGAUCUCGAAAGCUUACGGAAGCCGUAAAAGUGAUUGAUCGUUUGAUAAAAUUGGAACCUGAUGAAAAGGAAUGGCCAGUUUUGAAAGCUAACAUCUUUACUUACAGUGGAGAUCUUGACUUAGCUAAAACUGGUUUUGAAGAGAUUCUGGCUAAGGAUCCGCUUCGUGUUGAAGCUUAUCACGGCUUGCUUAUGGCUUAUUCCGAUGCAGGUCUUGAUUUGAAAGAUGUUGAGAAUAGAAUUGAGGAAGCAAUGUUGAAGUGCAAAAAAGAGGGUAAUGAUAACGAUUUUAGGGAUUUUAAGCUACUCGUGGCGCAGAUUCGGGUCAUUGAAGGAAAGCAUAGCGAAGCAUUGGAGCUUUAUCAAGAGCUUGAGAAGGAGGAACCAAGAGAUUUCAGGCCGUAUCUGUGUCAGGGAAUGGUAUUCACAUUGCUGAAGAAGAAAGACAAGGCUGAAGAACAGUUUGACAAGUUUAGGAAACUUGUUCCCAAGAAUCAUCCUUACAGAGAGUAUUUUAUGGAUAAUAUGAUAGCAACGAAGCUUUUUUCAGAGAAGGCGCAGCGUGAGAUGGCUGAGGAGAUGGCUGAAUCAACUAGUUGAUGGGAAUAUUUGCAAUGUUUUUACGGUGAUUUUGAUUAUGUUCUGUCGCAUGCUUUUCUUGAUCAUCUGAAGUUGUGUCUCUUUAGUUGGUUUAUAUAAAGUUCAUAAGUUGAAUACUUGGUUUGAUAUUAUAAUGGAUUUUGAAUCAUA